AUGGAAAACAAACCAGCACAUUUGGAACCAAAAUUAGAAAUUAAUGAAUAUUAUAAUCAAAAAUCAUUGAAGGAAAAGAAAAAUCGUCAAAUUAAAAAAGCAAAUGCUGAAGAAGAAAAGACAUCACAUAAUUCCACACAUUCGAUGCCUACACACCUAAAAAGAACUAAAAGUCGGUCAUACCUAAAGACGGAAGAUGAAGACGAUGACAGUCAAGAUGAUAAUUAUCAUCAAGACAAAAAAACAAAACAAGAAGUUACUAUGCAAAAAAAGAAGCCACAAUUAUGGACAAAAGAAGAGGAUGCAAUGUUGCUUGAGUUGAUUCAUAAACAUGGGUUCAAAGCUAGCAUUAUUAGAGAUGAAAUGGGAAGGAAACGUGGAUUAUCUUCUUAUAUUUCACGAUGGGAAGUUUUAAAGAAAAAAGCUUUAAUUUAA